AUGACUAUCGAGACUACAACCUUUUCUGCCAACACAGAAAAAGUCAACGAAGACUCUCUCUCUCGUGAAGUGGAGAUCGCUACUGACACUGAAAUUGAAACGGUCCAGGAGAAUGCCGUUGAAGAUGGUGUUUUCGGAGGCUACGACCAUAUCACGUGCUAUGUGAACUCUGCCGACAUCAUGGCAGAAUAUUUUGUCCGCGUGUAUGGCUUCACCCCUUACUGUCACAAAGGCCUCGAAACUGGGUCUCGCAUUACCAACGCCCGUGUUGUCCGCAAUGGAGGUGUCAUUGUUCAAUUUGUGAGCUGUCUCAGACCACCAAACUCGAGAGGCCUAUCCGAAGAAGACAUGAAGCUCAUCCAAGAAAUCCAUCACCACACUACUACACAUGGAGAUGCAGUCAAGGAUGUUGCGUUCCAGGUCAGUAAUGUGGAACAAGUCCACAAAAGAGCCUUGGAGGGUGGUGCCACCUCAGUGCUAGAGCCCACCACUUACAAGGACGAGCAUGGUUCGAUCACUAUUUCCCGGGUUGGAGUAAUUGGAGACACAACUCAUACGCUCGUUGAUCGGAGUUCAUAUUCCGGUUUUCUCCCUGGUGGCUACCAGCUCGACAAUUUGGAGAACAAUUCUGCAACAGAGGUGAAGUUUGACGUAAUUGAUCACUGCGUUCAGAAUCUAGGUUGGAAUAAGAUGGUCAAGUCCUGCGAAAUGUACAAAAAGAUCUUUGGUUUCCACAAAUUCUGGUCUGUGGAUGACAAACAGGUUUAUACGGCCUUUUCUGCCCUCAAAUCCACAGUCAUGGCGUCACCUUCCGAGAAAAUUAAAAUGCCUGUGAACGAGCCAGCUAAAGGCUUGAAAAAGUCGCAAAUCGAGGAGUUCUUGGAAUUCUAUGGCGGUCCAGGGAUUCAGCACGUUGCAUUGAAGGUCGAUGAUAUUUUAAGCACCGUUGAGGCCCUUAGAGCACGAGGUGUUGAAUUCAUUCAUGUUCCUGAUCGGUAUUAUCAAAACCUGGAGAAAAGAUUGAAGGAAAGCAAACACCCAGAGUUUAAGGAAAGCAUGGAAAAAAUCAAGCAGCUUGGCAUUCUGGUUGACUUUGACGAGGAAGGAUACUUAUUGCAGCUUUUUACGCGGUCAGUGUUUGAUAGGCCCACGUUUUUCUUCGAAGUUAUCCAAAGACAUAACCACAAUGGAUUCGGUGCUGGCAACUUCAAGGGACUUUUCGAAGUGCUGGAGGAAGACCAAAAAAGAAGGGGCAACUUGGUGGAUCAAAAUGAGGAGGUCGAUCCUUACGACGUUUAA